UUCAAAAUCUCGAAAUGUUCUCUCAUUAAAUCAAUGAUUUUUUUUGUAAUAAAAAUAUUCUUUAAAGAUACAUCUUUAAUUAGGGAAUGAAUGAACAUUUUUCUGAAUGAUUCAAAAUUUUGGGGGGAAAUAUUGAGAAUUUUUGAAAUAAAAUUGCAGCUAAGAAUGAACUAGAGUCAAUACUUAAGGUUUAGAAGAACGAGAUAAUUCAAAUGUAUUAAAAGGAAAAGAUUUUCACAUGUUGCUUCUAUGAUUUUCAUGAUUUUAUUCAAAAGAGAAAAUAAGCACUCUCAUGAUUAUCUGAAGAAAAAAAUUAACCAAAAUCAUCAGAAAAAACAUUUAAAAAGUCUCUAAAAAUCUCUAUUUUGCAUCUAAAGCUAAAUUUAUAUUCUUAAUCAAAUUCAAAAAUCUAACAAUCUGCGACAAAAAUACUUUUCAAGAUCUCUUGAAGAAAACCUACAAUUUAUUGUCUUCAUCGUGUUCAGGCUAUACAGGUAUAUACUAUAGUUUGUAAAAUACUCAAGAAGCUCAAGUGGACAACCUUUCUUCCAAGAAAUGCCAAUUACAAAGGGGUGGGUAAUUUAGACACGGCAAAUAUGAUGGGGUAGGUAGUAGAAGUAUAAGCAAGAAGAUAAGUUAACCCUUCAACUGCACGAUUCUUUUCUUUAAAUUAUCUUUAAGAAAUUUAUGAUUUUUCAAAUUUAUUUUCUAGUUAAAUCAUAGUUGAAAAAUUAUGCUUUUAUUAUCUUAAAAAAAUUGCGCUUAAGCAAAUUAAUAUUUUAAUUUAUUUUGUAAGGAAAAGAAACUUUCCAAAGGCUUUGUUAAUAAUUAAUUCAACUUUAUUUCAAUUUCUUAAAUGAUUUGGAAUAUUUCGGUACUAAACAACGACACAUUGCAAUGGAGACGCCUCGUAACUAAGCGCUCCCUUAAUUUAUAUUCAGGUGGAAAGAAAUUAAAGAAAAUCAAAUCUUAGAAUAAUUUAAGAGAAAUGGAGACACCUAGUAAAUAUUUUUUAGCCUCAGAAACAAAUCAAUAAGGACCAGAAAAACGCUAGAAAUAUCUUUAAAAUACAAAAGAAAUCUCAACGAAGAUCGAUGCUCAACUUUGUCUUUAUAUUAACUUUAAACAUGAUGGAGACGCCUGGUAGUCUCAUCGUCACUAUUUUCCUUCGUCUUAAAGUGUUUGAAAUUCUAAAUUGAAUGUAAAAAAAGAAAACUUCGGAUAAAAGAAGAAAUCCAUUGUAGAAGUUUUUUUUUAGCAAUUUAAUAAAAAUAUUCUGAAUCCCCUCAAGUGCUCAAAAUGUAAGAAUUUUAUUGAAAAAUUCCUCAAUUAACAUUUUUUUAUUAAAAAUAAUUUUUUUAAAGCUCAAAAAAAAUUAUUUACAGACAUAAAAUAACAAAUUUAUUUAGUAAAAUCAUGAAAGGGUUAAUGGGAAUUAAAGUGAAGACGCAUGGUGGUGUGGUGGAUCUGUGUAGUUGGAUACUGGAUGCACCGCGAUGCAACCAUCCGGGAGUGUGCCUGGAGACAAUUGGGUGUGUGCCAUGGAGGCGAGGAAGAAUGGGGAAAAAAGGUACACAAUAGCAUGGGUAAAUUGGGAAGAUGAAGUGGAGAAAAAAAGAUGAGAAGAAGCAUACGAUCGUGCCUGUGAUUGGUCACCACUGGUGGGCUCACGGCAUGGGAACAGGAGGAGUUUAUCCUUGGCGGUUCUUUUUGGACACAAAUCACAUUAUAGGGUAUGCUCGCUGUGCCUUUUGUGAAGAAGAUCUCUUCGCGAGCAUAAGUUUUCGCCCUCCUUCUUACAACUCACCACUCUAAUUUAGCUAUAUGUAUGCUGGGUAGAUAUAUAUACGCCCGGCUGUGUGUGUGUGUGUGUGUCCAGGUGAGACUCAUACAGGUAUAACAUACAGCCGGUGUGCGGCAUGCAAAGGAACUUCCAUCCAUUACCGAUUCGUCUUAAAGUCUACCUGGGCCGAUAAAGGUUGUGAAAAUGCGAUCGUUGAAAAGAGGAACACAAUAUAUGUAUGAAUGUUCCAAUAUUGAGGUAAUAUAGUGUGUGUGUGUGUGGUGGUGUGCAUGUGUGGGGGCACACCAACCAAUAAUAUUGUACGGGCGAGAGCUUUGUGGAAUUGGUAGAAAAUAAAGCACAUGAGAACGACACGGCAAACUAUUCAUUAGUUAGUCAGCGCUUAUGGUGUGUUAGCUGAGGCCGCAGACAGACAGUCGGUUUCGUGAUCUUGGGUACGUCAUAACCGACGUUCCAGUGUUAUUUUGAACCAGUCAUCUGCAGCUUGUCUAACUCAUUGGAUGUACGCGCAAGUGGCAAUUUUCGACAGCACCCGUCGCGUAAUCUCUCUCACACACAAAACGCCACAGCUUCAUAUUAAGUGAUAAUUUGUGCGGACACUUUUCAAUUAGCAUACCAACCAAUUCUCGUGAUUAACGGCAAACCGGACAAGUGAUUCUGGCUCUCUCAGAGAAUUGAGGGACAUUUGGACACUAAAUUCACAACAGUUUCUGUGCCUCACUCAGCUCAAGUUUUAUUGCAAAGCUCCUCCAAGAAAAAAAAAAGCCAAUCAAUGCAUUUUAUAUGCGAGACAUUUUCGCAAAUUUUUCUGAGAUGUGUGGAUUACAUAAAGUGCCCAAUUUUGGAGUGAAAUAAUUCAUUUUGAACGAAUUAAAAAAAAAUAGCAGAAAGAGUUGCGAGCGACCAUGCGCACGUGGCUUUUUGUCAUCGCAGUGCUGGCGACUUCACAACCAUUUGCCCAAGUUGCUAGCACGGAGUCACAGAGCAAACCCCAAAUAUCGCUCCUAUCGUCACUAACUACCUCCACAGAAAAAGUUGUAUCACAUAGGCAUAGUGAUAAGAAGAGUCACAGUCAGGACAAGGGGUCCAACGAGGAGCAAAAGGAGAAACCACAAAUUCCCGAUCCGGCCAUAUUGGCGGGACUUGAAGGAAAUUUUCUAUCGCUUUUUGGUCUCAAUAAGCGACCCAUUGUCGACAGAUCCAAGAUCGUCAUCCCGGAAGCCAUGAAGCAGCUUUAUGCCGAAAUUACCGGCCACGAUGUGGACUCUGUGAAUAUACCAAAGCCUGGAUUGCACUCCAAAUCAGCGAACACAGUUCGAAGUUUUACACACGAAGAUAGUAAAAUUGAUAAUAGAUUCCUGCAUCAUCAUCGCUUUCGGCUUUUCUUCAAUGUGUCCACAAUACCACAGAGUGAGGAAUUAAAAGCCGCAGAACUGACGCUUAGUCGAGCAACAGUAGUUGAGGGGGAGACAAAUGUGAGGCAUCAGGUACUCGUGUACGAUAUCCUGAGGCCGGGAAUUAAGGGGAAACGCGAUCCCAUUUUCCUCCUCAUAGACUCCAAGACAGUGCUGAUAAAUGGCACUGGCACCGUCAGCUUGGACGUCCUACCAGCCGUUCAGCGGUGGUUGCGUCAACCAAAGCAAAACUACGGACUCCUCGUCCAUGUGGACUCAGCCGGCAGGACAGCAGCUGAGGGUCCCGUCCACAGGCAUGUGCGCCUGAAGCGCAGUGCCAGUGAGACACGGCAGGAGUGGGAUCAGCAGCAACCUCUCUUGUUUGCCUACACAGACGACGGACGCAAUAAGCCGCGAUCGAUACGGGAUGUGAAUCGUUCGCGUAGGGCGUCCCUACGGCGAGGGCAUAGGAGGAAAAACUUUCACGAAAUCUGCCAGCGGAGGGCACUUUAUGUGGAUUUUGCCGAUGUGGGAUGGAAUGAUUGGAUUGUAGCACCACCUGGGUAUGAUGCCUACUACUGCCACGGUGAGUGCACGUUCCCCAUGCCCGAUCAUCUGAACUCCACAAAUCACGCUGUGGUUCAGACGUUAGUCAACUCCCUGAACCCGAGUCUUGCGCCAAAAGCAUGCUGUAUCCCCACGCAGCUCGCCUCAAUCUCCAUGCUGUACCUGGAUGAGUACAACAAGGUGGUGCUGAAGAACUACCAAGAUAUGACGGUCGUGGGCUGUGGGUGCCGAUGAAUUUACGUGCGUGCGUGAGUGUGAAGUGGAAGAAAAAACUUUUGUUCUCUAGUUCGUGUUUUUACUUUUAAGUGAAAGCUGUUUGCUUGACUGAUGCAUACCCAGAUAGACGUUCCUCAUUUUUUUUCUUUUACAAAGAACCAUCAUUAAAAAAAAAAACUCUUGCAACCUGCGAAAAUUUCGCAGAAUUUCUUAUUUUAUUUGUUUUACAACGAAUUAGGAUGCAUUAGGAGUGUAUGAGUCAUUGCACCGUUUAAAGUGUGUAAAAAAAAAUUUAAAUAUAAAUCCCCCUCAAUUACAAAAUUCAUCAUUCUCUCUAUCUCGAAAUAGUUUGUUCAGUUUAAGUGUCUUAUAUAGUCAUGUUUUAGUUGAUGUACUGAAAAAAAAAUCCUCCCCAAACAAUCUGUGUCCAUUUUUUUUUAAAAGAAAAAAUAAAAAGAAUCACCCACAAUGCAAAAGGAAGUUUUGAGAGGGCGAUGUGUAUAAAUUAUGUGUAAUAUAUUUGUUAUUACAACUAUAUUGUGUUAGUACCUGGAUAUAAGGAUUAUCUCGGCAUGAUGAAAACAAUAUUUAUUUCAGCAAAUUAAAUUUUAAUUAUGAAAUAGUUGAAUUACAUAUUGCCAUAGGGUGUUAAAAUUUCAGAGAAAUUUCAUUUUAGCUAUGUAGGCCCCUAAUUGUAGGAGAUCUAACAAGUAUUUCAUAGAAGCAGAGUAAAGAAAAAAAUCUUUGUAUUUUUUUCUUUGCAAAAAACAAUAUCAAUUUGCAAAUCUUGAUUUUAGUAUUUAGGAAUGAAAACCUUUUAGCUUUUAAAACUGAUGCCACUGUGUAAAAAAUUUUGUAAAUAUAAAUAAAAAAAAGCUUCUUGAUGGACAAGCAGAAACAAAAUAUAAAUACGAUUUUAUAACAAUGAUGUAUGUAUAAAAAAAAUUUCGAUGAACAAUGAAGAAGAUUAAAAAGGAAAAACCAAAAA